AUGACAGUCAUGUCCCUUUCCAGGGACCUCAAGGACGACUUCCACAGUGACACGGUGCUCUCCAUCUUAAACGAGCAGCGCAUCCGGGGCAUUUUAUGUGACGUCACCAUCAUUGUGGAAGACACCAAAUUCAAGGCUCACAGCAAUGUUCUGGCUGCGUCAAGCCUUUAUUUCAAAAAUAUAUUUUGGAGCCAUACCAUCUGUAUUUCCAGCCAUGUCCUGGAACUGGAUGACCUCAAAGCUGAAGUGUUUACAGAAAUACUUAAUUAUAUCUACAGUUCCACGGUCGUCGUCAAAAGACAGGAAACGGUCACUGACCUUGCAGCUGCGGGGAAAAAACUGGGAAUAUCAUUCCUGGAAGAUCUUACCAAUCGCAACUUCUCAAAUUCCCCGGGCCCCUAUGUAUUCUGCAUUACCGAGAAGGGAGUGGUGAAAGAAGAAAAGAAUGACAGAAGGAAUGAAGAGCCAGCCAUCACCAGUGGGCCACGGAUCACAAAUGCAUUUUCCAUCAUCGAAACAGAAAAUAGUAAUAACAUGUUUUCUCCCCUGGACUUAAGGGCAAGUUUCAAAAAGGUCUCCGACUCCAUGAGAGCAGGUGGUCUCUGCCUAGAGAGGACCGACAUCUGCCAUGAGGCGGAGCCCGUCCGCACACUAGCAGAGCACUCCUAUGCGGUUUCCUCCAUGGCUGAAGCAUACAGAAGUCAGCCUCCUGCGUGUGAACGGGAUAGCAGUUCACCGUGCAGAACAGGCAAAGAAAAUGACAAUGCUCUGGCAGCAAAGUCGAAACCGUGCCGCAAGCCAAAGACAGUCUCCAUACCCCAGGAUACUGAUUCAACUACAGAAAAUACACCACCCCCUCCAGUGACCAAUUUAGAGGUUAAUCCAGAAAGAAGUCCACAGCCAGCUGCAGUUCUUUCUCACUCAAAAUCUCCCAACAACACAGGAGAUGCCCAUUUUCCCAGGGAAGAUGAAAAUCAAUCCUCAGACGUUCCUGGGCCGCCGCUAGCGGAGGUUCCACCUCUUGUUUACAAUUGUAGCUGUUGCUCCAAAUCGUUUGACAGUAGCGCUUUACUCAGCACCCAUAUGCAACUUCACAAGCCAACACAGGAGCCUUUGGUGUGCAAGUACUGCAACAAACAAUUCACCACUCUCAACAGACUGGAUCGGCAUGAGCAGAUCUGUAUGAGGUCAAACCACAUGCCUGUCCCUGGAGGAAACCAACACUUUUUAGAAAACUAUCCCACCAUUGGACAAAAUGGAGCUCCCCUCACAAGCCCAGAACCUUUAGUAUCUGAAAACAGGGUGGGUGACUUUUCCAGUCCUGGAAGUUCCUUGCCAGAAAUGGACCACAUGGUUAAAUUUGUUAAUGGACAAAUGCUCUACAGUUGCGUGGUGUGCAAACGUAGUUACGUGACUUUAUCCAGCCUCCGCAGACAUGCAAACGUUCACUCGUGGAGAAGAACAUAUCCUUGCCAUUAUUGCAACAAAGUAUUUGCAUUGGCUGAGUAUAGGACAAGACAUGAAAUUUGGCAUACCGGGGAGAGACGGUAUCAGUGCAUUUUCUGCCUUGAAACUUUCAUGACCUACUAUAUACUCAAAAACCAUCAGAAGUCUUUUCAUGCCAUAGAUCACAGGCUUUCCAUCAGUAAGAAAACAGCAAAUGGAGGCUUGAAGCCUAGUGUCUAUCCAUAUAAACUUUAUAGAUUACUGCCUAUGAAGUGCAAGAGAGCUCCUUAUAAGAGCUACAGGCACUCUUCCUAUGAAAACACUCAAGAAAACAGUCAAGUGAAUGAGUCGGUCCCUGGUACCUAUGUAAUUCAAAACCCACAUGGCUCUGAAUUACCUACACUGAAUUUCCAAGAUAGUGUAAACACCUUGACAAACAGUCCAGCCAUCCCAAUGGAAGCAUCUGCUUGUCAGGACAUACCACCUUCCACCAACAUACAAAAUGCAGAGGGCACCAAAUGGGGGGGAGAAGAGGCAUUGAGAAGUGAUCUUGACAGUAACUUCUAUUCAACGGAGGUAUCUGGUUCCGCCACUGAAAAUGCAAUCAGUUCUGACCUCCGGGCAGAAGAUGUGCCUGUCUUGCCUUUGAGUAAUGACAGUGAGAACUCGGCCUCUGUGAUCAGCUACAGUGGCUCCGCCCCGUCGGUCAUUGUGCACAGUAGUCAGUUUUCAUCGGUAAUAAUGCACAGCAAUGCUGUGGCUGCCAUUACCAACACUAACACCAGAGCCACCACCACAGAGCCUGCAACCAGCCAGUCCCUGAAAGACAACAGCAAACCCGAGCCAGAUAAAGGGAGUAGAGUUGCAAGCAGACCCAAAAGCAUUAAAGAGAAAAAGAAAACAGUACCACAUAACAAGGGGGACCUACCAGAGGAGCCUAAAUACAUUGCUGAUCCUGGUGGGUCAUUGAGCAAAGCCACAAAUAUCGUUGAAGAAACCAAUAAGAUCGAAACCUACAUUGCAAAACCUGCUUUACCUGGAACCUCCACAAAUAGCAAUGUUGCGCCCCUUUGCCAAAUAACAGUGAAAAUUGGGAAUGAGGCCAUUGUGAAAAGACAUAUCCUAGGCUCCAAGUUGUUUUAUAAAAGAGGGAGAAGAUCCAAAUUUCAAACGCAGGAGGAGAGCUUGCCGCAGGACAGUGACCCGGAAACCAAUGGGGACAGCCCACUUGGACUUUGCCAGUCAGAAUGUGUGGAGAUGAGCGAAAUGUUUGAUGAUGCCAGUGACCAGGAUUCCACUGACAAGCCGUGGCGCCCUUACUACAACUACAAGCCUAAAAAGAAAUCCAGACAGUUUCGAAAAAUGAGGAAAGCCAGCUGGAGAAAAGAGCAUGGAAGCAGGAGCCCAAGCAAUAAAUGCAAAUACCCAGCAGAGCUGGAUUGUGCUGUGGGGAAGGCCCCUCAGGACAAGGCUUUUGAGGAGGAUGACAAUAAGGAGAUGCCCAAGCUGCAGUGUGAACUCUGCGAUGGAGACAAAGGAUCAGCAGCUGGGAGUCAAGGCCGGCCCCACCGACAUCUCACUUCUAGGCCUUACACCUGUGAGCUCUGUGCCAAGCAGUUCCAGAGCCCUUCUACACUCAAAAUGCACAUGCGAUGUCAUACAGGAGAGAAGCCGUACCAGUGCAAGACCUGCGGGCGCUGCUUCUCAGUGCACGGGAAUCUACAGAAACAUGAGCGCAUCCACCUGGGCCUGAAGGAAUUCAUCUGCCAGUAUUGCAACAAGGCAUUCACGCUGAACGAAACCCUCAAAAUCCACGAAAGAAUCCACACUGGUGAAAAGCGUUACCACUGCCAGUUCUGCUUCCAGAGUUUUUUGUAUCUCUCCACAAAAAGGAAUCAUGAGCAGAGGCACGUUCAGGAGCAUGAUGGGAAGGGGUACGCCUGCUUCCAGUGCCCUAAAAUCUGCAAAACAGCUGCUGCCCUUGGAAUGCACCAAAAGAAACACUUCUUCAGAAGCCCAAGUCAGCAGGAGACACUUGAAGGUGACAUGUGCCAUGAAAACUCAGACCCCUUAGAGAAUCCACACUUCACGGAUUCAGAAGACAAUGACCAAAAGGAUAAUGUACCAGCCAGUGUUGAAAAUGUUGUCCUUUGAGUGGUCAUAGAGAAAUCUUCAAAAAUAAAAGUUGGUGGUUUUUUUGUUUUUUGUUUAAGUUUUAUUUUUUAGUUUUGUUUUGUUCACGCAACAGUCAUGAAGGAGUAAAA